CUCCGACCCGCAUGGCGGCCGCGACGGUCCCGGCUGCAGGACUCCGGUCCCGAGCUGCUAUGGCCCAGCGGAGGAAGAAGAAGGGGCUCCGGAAGCACCGAGGAGCGGCCUCCCAGGCCCGCAGCAGCGACUCAGAGGACGGCGAGUUUGAGAUCCAGGCGGAAGAUGACGCCCGGGCCCAGAAGCUGGGACCUGGAAGACCCCUGCUCACUUUCCCCACCUCAGAAUAUGCCUCAGACGUGGAGCCAGAUACGAGGGAGAUGGUGCGAGCCCAGAACAAGAAGAAGAAGAAGUCAGGAGGCUUCCAGUCCAUGGGCUUGAGCUACCCCGUGUUCAAAGGCAUCAUGAAGAAGGGCUACAAGGUGCCGACCCCCAUCCAGAGGAAGACCAUCCCAGUGAUCCUGGACGGCAAGGACAUGGUGGCCAUGGCCCGGACAGGCAGUGGAAAGACGGCCUGCUUCCUCAUCCCCAUGUUUGAGCGGCUUAAGACGCACAGUGCCCAGACAGGGGCACGAGCCCUUGUCCUCUCGCCUACCCGAGAGCUGGCCCUGCAGACCAUGAAGUUCACCAGGGAGCUGGGCAAGUUCACAGGCCUCAAGACUGCCCUGAUCCUGGGCGGGGACAAGAUGGAAGACCAGUUUGCAGCCCUGCAUGAAAAUCCUGACAUAAUCAUUGCUACCCCUGGGCGCUUGGUGCAUGUGGCCGUGGAGAUGAACCUGAAGCUGCAGAGCGUGGAGUACGUGGUAUUUGAUGAAGCCGACAGGCUCUUUGAAAUGGGGUUUGCAGAGCAGCUACAGGAAAUCAUCGGCCGCCUCCCCGGAGGCCACCAGACUGUCCUCUUCUCCGCCACACUGCCCAAACUGCUGGUGGAGUUCGCCCGGGCGGGCCUCACGGAGCCUGUGCUCAUCCGGCUAGAUGUGGAUGCCAAACUCAACGAGCAGCUCAAGACGUCCUUCUUCCUUGUGCGCGAAGACUCCAAGGCCGCCGUGCUGCUCCACUUUCUGCGCAACGUGGUGCGGCCCCAGGACCAGACCGUGGUGUUUGUGGCCACGAAGCACCAUGCUGAGUACCUCAGCGAGCUGCUGAUGACCCAGCGGGUGAGCUGUGCCCACAUCUACAGCGCCCUGGACCAGACAGCCCGUAAGAUCAACCUCGCCAAGUUCACCCACGGCAAGUGCUCUGCCCUUAUCGUGACUGACCUGGCAGCCCGGGGCCUGGACAUCCCGCUGCUAGACAACGUCAUCAACUAUAGCUUCCCUGCCAAGGGCAAGCUCUUCCUGCACCGAGUGGGCCGAGUGGCCCGGGCUGGCCGAAGUGGCACAGCCUACUCGUUGGUGGCCCCAGACGAGGUCCCCUACCUGCUGGACCUGCAUCUGUUCCUGGGCCGCGCCCUCACCCUCGCCCGCCCCCACGAGGAGCCCACUGGUGCGGUGGGCAUGGACGGCGUGCUGGGCCGGGUGCCACAGAGCGUGGUGGACGAGGAGGACAGCGGCCUACAGAGCACCCUGGAGGCGUCCCUGGAGCUGCGGGGCCUGGGCCGCGUGGCUGACAACGCCCAGCAGCAGUACGUGCGCUCGCGGCCGGCGCCCUCGCCCGAGUCCAUCAAGAGGGCCAAGGAGCUGGACCUGGCAGGGCUGGGCCUGCACCCCCUCUUCAGCUCGCGCUUCGAGGAGAAGGAGCUGCAGCAGCUGCGGAUGGUGGACAGCAUCAGGAAGUACCGCGCACGGGCGACCAUCUUUGAGAUUAAUGCCUCCAGCCGGGACCUGAGCAGCCAGGUGAUGCGCGCCAAGAGGCAGAAGGACCACAAGGCCAUCACUAGCUUCCAGCAGGGGCGGCAGGAGGGCCCAGGCAGCCCAGCCCCCCAGGAGGAGCAGCCUGAGAAGGAGGCAGAGGAGAUGGAAGAGAGUGUGGAGGAGGUGUUCACAGAGGUUAUGGGCCGGAAGCGGCAGCAGCCACGACCUGACCAAAGAGCCAAGAGGCAGAGGGAGGCUGCCCAGAGGAGGGACCAGGAGUUCUAUGUCCCCUACAGGCCCAAGGACUUCGACAGCGAGCGGGGCCUGAGCGUUGGUGGGGACAAAGGGGCCUUCGAGCAGCAGGUGGCCAGCGCUGUCCUGGACCUGAUGGGGGAUGAAGCCCAGAACCUGACGAGGGGCCGGCAGCUGCUCAGGUGGGACCGGAAGAAGAAGCGGUUUGUGGGACAGUCGGGACAGGGCGACAAGAAGAAGAUCAAGACGGAGAGUGGCCGCUACAUCAGCAGCUCCUACAAGCGGGACCUCUACCAGAAGUGGAAACAGAAACAGAAGAUAGACGAUCGUGACUCAGAGGAGGAAGGGGCAUCCAACCUGCAUCGCCCCGCGCGAAGAGGGGGCAGGUGGGGCCGAGGCCAAGGUGCAUCCCAGCCCCACACUCCGGGUGCCCCUGUAGGCCGUGUCUGCGCCGAGCUCAAGACCAAGCAGCAGAUCCUGAAGCAGCGGCGCCGAGCCCAAAAGCUGCGCUUCCUGCAGCGUGGAGGCCUCAAGCAGCUCUCUGCCCGUAAUCGGCGCCGUGUCCAGGAGCUGCAGCGGGGCGCCUUCGGCCGGGGCGCACACUCCAAGAAGGGCAAGAUGAGGAAGAGGAUGUAAGGAAGUGACCCAGCCCCACAGCUCCUCGUUUUGUCUGAGUAGGACAUCAGCAACUGCUCCCUGUGUAUCACUGUGCCUGGCCCUGUGCUAGGCACUGGAGGAGCUCCCUGCAGAGCCUUGUCCACGAAAAGGAGUGGGUGGGGCCUCGGAGAGCCAGCAGCCACCUCUGCCUAAAACACGUUUGAGCGGGGUCUUGAAGGGUGCACAGGAGUUUGCCAGCAUGGCCAGGUAGGCCAGGACGUGAGCUGGCAACUUGGCUGCUGCUGCUUCCACGUGUUCUAGGUUUAGAGUGGUGGCCACUCAGUUCUGAGCUCUGAGCACCUAAGGCUCAAUGAUGUUUUUUUAAUGUAAUAAACCUUUACUGAGCACCUCUAGUAGACCAGGAGCACAGUCUACUCAAGGAGUUAGAAGGGACAGACCCAGCUACUGAAAUCCUAGCUAGUGUGCUGGGUGAGUUGAGAGCAUGUGGCCAGUCCCAUGUGAUCCCCUGAGAGUGAGUUCUGUUGGUGUCUCCAUUUGCAGGUGAGGAAAUGAGGCUUAGAGGACAGGUCCGUUGCCUGAGGUGGGAGAAGCCCAAAGCUGGCAGUCAGUCCCCUUCCUCCUGCCGGGAUGGGCUUCACUUGGGAGUGGACUGUGUGAUGGAGAUGGGAUGCGGGGCCUGGGGGCUGAGGGCACAGCUGCUCCUCCCUGGCUGUCAGGAGGUUAAUACUGCCCUACCACACACCCAGGGGGCAGAACCUGUCCUGGCCUCUGUCCUGCUCUGAGCCCUGUGUGCCUUAGCCCCAUGUGGGGUCCUCGGAAGGUCAGCAAUGGCCUCCAGCAGCUCUCAGCAGUCCACUAUGCAGGAGUCUUUGCGAGCAGAUACCCAUGAACAGGUGUCUGCUAUGUGAGCCCCUUGCUGGUCCUAUUUAUUUACUUACAAAACACUAUCUAGAAUUCAUUAGAAUUUGCACCAGGCCCCAUUCCAAGCACCUGACAAACAUCAGCUGCCCUGGGGGAGGGAGGACGUGGACCCAGGCCACAUGUCGGGUGAGGGAUCAGUGUCCCAUGCAACCCACAUUUAUUUAGUACUUGCUGUGUACACCUUGUGUGCUCCCUACAACAAUCUGAGUGGCCACAGCACUCCCAGCUUUUAGGUGAGAGCUACUUGGCCGGCAGCCCAGGAAAUGCACACUUGUCCAGCGGCCAGACCCCUUGAGGGGGCCCCCUUUCCCACUGCUUACCUGGCUCAGGCCUCGUAACGAAGGCUGGCCAGUAUGGCGGAGCGCUCCAGGAUGAACAGCUUCACCUGGGGGUCCCCAACACAGAGUCACAUCACAGCCCCUGAGUUAACAGUCCCACCCCCCCAACACCCAGGAUGCUGUAAAGCAGGGGUGGGGAGUAGGAACCCCUCUUAAAAGACAGCAGUGUUGGUUCUCAGGGGCAGCAAACUUGACCUAAACCGUUCUGGGUUUUUCAAGAUUCAGCCCAGCCUCCCAAAUGAUUCAUUCGUCAGCAGUGUUCUCGCUGGCUAUCACCGGUAUUAUAAUUAGAUUUGUAUUUUUACUUACAUUGAUUCAGUUUUAACCCCUUCUAAUUGGAUCAGUCAUAUUCACUGCUGUAUGACCUACUACUCUCCGUUCCCCCUGGAGACAAAAGCAGUGUCAGAAGUUACAAGCUCCCUCCUCUGCUGUAAAUGUAUGUCACAUGGUCUACAACCUUGCACACCUGAAGAACAGAAAAGCUGGGUGGGCUCAGUGCACAGUGACAUUUGUGACACUAGAAAGAAAGACUGUGUACAACCCAGCUCUGGCCCUUCCCAGGUCCAUGAGGGGGCAUGGGCCAGGGAUUAAUUAAAGGUGAGUCUUGACCUCCUGGUUUCUUACUGGUG